ACAGUCUCGUUUCCUCCCUGUCGUAUGGAAAGCUGAAUAUAUAAUGCAAUAUGCCUUGCUGAGAUUUACUCGCCCAACCCCUAGAUUGUGCAUUUUUCUCCUGGGUUGCAUACGUGAUACCACACCUUCAAUAUUACAUCCUUUACCUGCCCGAUUAACUUGUCUUGGCAGUCUCGUCGCCCGCAACCCAUCGACAUGAGGUCGUGUCUGUUCGUGUCGGCCGCGCUGGCGGUCUCGGCCGGCCUGGGCCUCGCCUGCGCCGGCGACAAGCACCACGACCAGGAAGAGUUCACGCAGGAGCAGCUCGACGAGCUGGAGAGGAAAUGGGGCAUGGAGUGGCCCUUUGUAGGCAUCGGGUCCUUUGCACAUCUGAAGUACGUCAAGUGCCUCACGACGCCUAGCGAGCAGUUCGACAUUGCCAUUGUGGGAGCCCCGUUCGACACGGCCGUCAGUUAUCGCCCUGGGGCUCGAUUCGGUCCCAGGGCAAUCAGGCAGGCGUCCAGCCGGCAGACGUCGUUCCGCGGCUUUAACCCGCGGGCCAACAUCAAUCCUUACCAGAACUGGGCCAAGAUCAUCGACUGCGGCGACAUACCCGUCACGCCCAUGGAUAACGCCGUGGCGCUGCAGCAGAUGACGGCCGCGUUCGGCGAGCUGGGCCGGCGCAGGCCCGUCUCGGCCCUGCAGCAGAAGCCCAAGCUCAUCACCCUGGGCGGCGACCACUCGCUCGCCCUGGCGGCGCUCCGGGCGCUCAAGGAGGUCCACGGGAAGCCGGUUCGGGUUCUGCACUUUGACGCGCACCUUGACACAUGGCACCCGACAAAGUACCCCAACGCGUGGCCGUCGGACCAGGCCAGCUUCAACCACGGCUCCAUGUUCUGGCUGGCGGGCAGCGAAGGGCUCAUCGCCAACUCGUCGGCGGGGCCGUCGGUGCAUGCGGGCCUGCGCACGCGGCUGAGCGGCAACGACCUGGCCGACUACGACGACGACACGGCGCAGAACUGGGUGCGCAUCUCGGCCGACGACAUCGACGACAUCGGCGGCGCGCCCGGGGUGGCUCGCGAGAUUGUGAGCCGCCUGGGCACCGAGGACCCCGUCUACCUGUCGGUCGACAUCGACGUGCUGGACCCGGCCUUUGCGCCCGGCACGGGCACGCCCGAGCCGGGGGGCUGGACCACGCGCGAGCUGAUCCGCAUCCUGAGGGGCAUCGAGGACCUCAACAUAGUGGGCGCCGACGUCGUCGAGGUCUCGCCCGCGUACCAGGGCGCCGGCGAGGAGACGGCGCUGGCGGCCGCGCAGGUCGUGUACGAGAUCAUCUCGUCCAUCGUCAAGAAGGGCAUGGGCGGCAUGGGUAAGGAGGGGGUCACGGUGGAGGCGAAGGCGGCGGCGAAGGCGGCGGCGGUGGUCAAGGAUGAGCUGUGAGGGUUGGGUUUGGCAUUUUGGCCUUCUAUCGACCAAAGGAUUUGGGUGACACGACUCUGCGGGCAUGCAUGUACUGUGUGAGGUAUCAAUCCUAUAGAAGAACAAGAUAUGACACUAUGGGCAC